AUGCUCCGGAAGGGUCGUAAAUCAAUCAGAACGCAAAAGAUUUUCGGCAGGAUGCCAUCAGUGUCGUUACGACGGUGCCUUAAUCCUAUCAUAACCCUAAAUAACUGGCUGGGCUUCACGGGCAUUGAAAUCCGUCAGGAUGGAUCCUUACACGAAUCCAACUUGUACAUUGCGAACGCGUUAGUGAAUUUGGCUCUGACUGUUGCUUCGAUGGGAUGGAGCGUCGUGCAGUUUUUCAAAGGACUAUCAAUGAUUAUGUACAGCAACAGUAUCAUGUUUGUUUAUACGGACUUUCUGGACGUAGUUAUGAGCUUUACCCAGUACCUCAGUGUGAUUGCCAACGGCCUGCUACAGAAACGAUCGACCAUGCUUGUGAUAUUGGCUUUAGAAGAUCUUGAUGAUUCUAUAACAUGUGUAACGCGGAUUCGGAUCAACUACGGAAUUGUUAAAAAAGGAAUCAACUGUGCCCUGUGGAUUCACAGCACGUUUAUUGCUGUAUUAUUAGCGUAUUUCUUUGUACGCACUUUUCGCAAUGGCUUAAUGAGCAUUGAAGAAUUUGUUCAAAAUAUAAUGUUUGUUUCAAUAAUGUACACAACUUAUAUAUACUUUUUGCUGUGUAUAAUGAUAUCACGGGCAUUGCAAGUACAGUGUUCAACUUUGUUGAAAUUUUUCACUGUUAACAAAAAGCUUGCUAACGAUAUAACGAUUAUACUGUACCUAACAGUCAUAGGAAAAUUGUAUCCAUUUAUCCAAUCAUUCAACAAGUGCUUUGGAUUACCAUUGUUGUUACUGAUAAUGCUUACAUUUGUGAAAGGAUUUCUCGCGAUUUUCUAUGGUGCACAAUCGCUAGUUUUGAGUGCGUAUAUAAACGGUUUUGAAGACCUAGGUCCCUUCUUCAUAAUAAGCUACGGCGUCUGGGUAGGCUUCAUCGUGUUGUGGAUGGUGGCAAUUGUUACGAUUUUAUCAAGUACAAUCGACAAGGUAAAGUUUUCCAGAAAUUUCCAGUUGUUUCACAAUAAAUUCAAUGUCAAUUAUUGCAUAGUUGAAAUCCCUUGACAAAUGGUUGAAUCGAAAAGGCAAUAUAUUUUACAAUUUUACCAAGAUUUUCAACCGUUGGGUUCAUCAACGAUUGUAAUUCGCUUUCAAAGGAGAAACCUACAUUUUUGUGAUGCUCCUUUGCUAUUUUAUUUUUAAUGAAAAAAUGCCAUUCAUUCAAUGUAGACAAAUAUUAUUAUAGAAUAAAAUUAGUAUAGAAUAAACAGUUGAGCAUAUCAGCAUAUUUAACAUUACAUCUAUUUAAAGAUAUCCCAACUACAACUGCACAUUUUCUCCAUUUUAUUUCUCAGGCCAAUGAAACUGCCCUUUGUACUAGGCACUUCGAUGACUACAGCAUGAAGAACACCAAGAUCACCAAACAGAUAAACAAGUUUUUGCUGAAAAACUUACACCAAAAGAAGAAGUUUUCCGCCUACGGAUUUUUUGACAUCGAUAACAGUGUGAUUUAUACGGUAUUCAGCUCCAUCAUCACCUAUCUUGUGAUACUGAUACAAUUCAAACAGCUGGAGAACGAUCUGACGCAAGGUGGUAAAACUGGAAACGUUACGGAAGGCUGAUGGAAUGAGCUCUCAAUGGGUUAUGAUAACAUUAUUACUUUCUUUAUUUCAACUUAUGAAAACUUGUAAUUGUAACUUUUUAAGGCUUUUCCGGUAAUUUUCUAAUGCACCUAAUCUCUACGAUAGAAAACCGAAAAAAUGGACAAAAUAAGGAGUUGUAAAAUGCGUAAUUUGAAAGGAAAUAAAAGUAUAGUUCUAAAUCGAUCACACUAGAAUAGAAAAAUUGUCAGAUUUAAAAAUAGCACAUAAAGCCAUAAAACAAUGAAGUUCGUGCCCGUCAAACAUUUGAAGUAUUCGUUUUGGUUUUAUACAGUCAAACAAGCACCAUCAUUAUAUGGUGCAUAUCACAUUGUGCAAUAAUCAUAUAAGCUUAAUCGAUAAGAUAUAUCUCAGCUUCUCUGAGCUAUUUUAUAAUUUCAGUAUAAUUGUACGAAUUAGGUUAGUUGUUGUAGUACGAUGGUUUAUAAAAUGUGUAGCGUCAGAAAAAAUAAAUGGAAUAAAGGCACAGAAAACAU